CAUCGGAGUAUGUUAUGUAAAAAUCAGAUAACUGGCCAAACCAUUUGAAGGAUGGGAAGUUUUGAAGAUGUUAUGCCUCGGGGAGCAUCACACAAUAUGCCUGGUGUCUUGGAAAAUGGUCUUGUUCCCUAUGUCCAAAGCACUGGAGUUGACAAAGAACGCCUGUUCAAAGCUGUUAAUCUUCAGAAAAAAGGUGCUGAAGUUGACUUUGCAAAUGGGGAAAAACUGUUUUUCGAUAGAACUACCUCAAAUCCUCUAAAAGUUGACAAACUUGGAGACAUUCCAAUUCCAGUUUCUGUUAAGGAUAUUCAAAGGCUUAAGGAAAAAUCUGAUUUAGGACUGUAUGGAAAAGGAUUAAAUAGCUUUUACGACUCCUCAAAAAGAUUGGCCUUACAAAUUGAUGCUUCAAAACUAACCUCAACUAUUAUCGAUGAUCUCAACUUGCUGUCAAUGGUUAUGCGUCAUCUAGACCUGCCUUCUGAUUUGAUGAAUGUUCAAGCAAAUCUUCACCAAUUGAUUUUAUAUGAAUCAGAUGGCCAUUACCAGUGUACCUCAGAGUCAGAGAAAGAAUAUGGUUCGUUUGGCACUACUGUUCUUCAGUUACCCGUGGAAGGUGGUCAUGAAGGUGGACGUUUCAAAGUGCAGUAUCGAGGAGAAGAACAAGUGUUUGACAAUCAUCAAGACAGCGAUCGAUGUUUUUACGCAUCGUCUUUUUAUGGAAAUUGUCAGCAUUCAAUGGAACCCAUAACAAAAGGAGCAAAAUUGACGUUAGUCUUUGAUCUUGUUUGGACAAAUGCCAAGAAUAUAAUUCCGCAAGAUUUCCCUGUCUUUCUUACCGCCUUGAAGGAUAUUAAAGAAUCUCUCCCAACUUGGAUUCGUAAUCGAAGAGGUCAUAAACAAAACAAAAAUCCCAGAAAUGACACGUUGCCAAACGACGCGGACGCAUCAUUUACUUUUGAAGCCUUAACAGUCGCUUGGUCGUCUGAAAAUCAUUCAACCGAAAAACUUGAUUCAAAUUCUUUGCUGUUGGAAGCUGAAGAAAACACUUCUGAAAUUGUAAGCACGGAAGGUGCUACCUCUAAAUUGUCCGAAAAUUGUAAUGAUAAUCAUCACGACCAAACUCAACAGCAAACAUCGUUGGGCGUAUCGAUUCAGGAUGGUGUAUGCAACACGGGAGUAAAUGCUUGUAACGAGGAUCAAGACGAAAAUCAAGACGAGGAAGAUUCUGAAGUGAAUGAAGUCGGGACUUUCAAAGAAAAUGUUUUGUACUUUGUUCUCGAAGGAAAAUAUGUCGAAGAUGAUUUCACGUUUCGUCGACUCCAAAGAAAAGAUCGGGAAUUGGCGCAACUUCUUCAAUGUUGUGGUUUUCUCGACACACAUUUAGCUGUGGUUACCAAAACCGUUUCCACAACUCGCACUGACUAUGAUCCGUAUGAUUCAUGUGGAUGUAGGGACGACUCUGAUCACGAGAAAAGAAAAUCUACCACCAAAAUUUCGCGAUGGAUAGACUCAAAAGAUGUUUCCAAGAAAUUGAGCAUGGAUUUAAAUUGGAAGAAGCAGUGUGUUGGACCUCUUAGAAACUUGCCUACAUCAGACAGCGAAAUAACUGACUCGGAGGAUGAAUUUGGAGGAUGUGGUUAUUGGAAUACGACCACUACUGAAGAACAUUCAUACUAUUUUGUAUUGGUUAUUUGGCCUAAGCAUCAAUCGGUUCAAAUGUAUUGUCGCUAUGGUCUUCACGCACUUCUAGAACACAUGGAAGUUAAAAGUUCGUCAACUAGUUGGCUUAAGAAAAACCAACAGAAUGCUACUGAGAAUUUACGAACGAUCAUUUCUUUUUGCUCCGCUGAUCCUUGGAAGGUGUGGACCCAAACAAGAUUAGCAAAAGGUGAAUUGACUCAAAGAUUGCUUCGUCUUUGUAUUGUUUUUCGAGCGCGUGAGGAAGGUCUCAGUCUCUUGAAGAUUAUUGCAUCCGAUUUUCCCUUGCCACAAGAUCGAGUCAGCAGCAUGCAAGGAACUUUUGAAGGUAUCCAAACAGAACAAGUUGCUAAGGCGAUUGCUGAGUUGGAAUGUCUAGUCAUUGGUUGGAAGGAUUCCGCUGAUCUAAUUCAGAAAAUGAUUUCUCCUGAUCGAAUCGUCCAGCAGCUGGUACCGAUAAUCAGUUUAGCUCAGCACUUGUUGAACUUUCAUUGCUUAGAGGGAGCGGUAUUAGUUGGAGAUCGCAUUUUGUCCUCAUUGAUCAACUUUAACAAGCAGCAGACCCAGAGGUUAAAACAAUCGGAAAUCCAAAGUUACGUUGAGUUUAUGAUUUCGUUGGAAGAAAAUGCCAAGACUGCAAAUCCUCAGAGAGCCAAGUCGUUUACAACUCUAUUCUCAAAACUGGAAUCCUCAAUUCAGUGCAACCUGGUUCUGGAGAUGGAAGCUCAAGUUCGUUCACGGUUCAAGAACUCGGUAUCUUGCAACAACAUGUUCCAGGAAUUGUGCAAAGCCCUGCCUCUUUGUGAUCUUCGUUCUCCGUUUAUUAAGGAGAAUGCGAUAGUUGAGUUGAUGUGCUGUUACUUCAGGAUUGGAAACGAAGAAUUGCUUCAGACUCUGAUAUCUAAAAUUUUCCACGUUCCAGCCAACCCUGGAGAAAACAAUUCUCUUUCUUCGGAGGAAGUUUUGAAAAAAGUUAUUUCAUCCCCACUAAUAUUGGAAUUGGCGUUAUCUUCUGAAAUAGGCCUGUCUGUUGUGCUAUCGCUAGUUGAUAAACAGCUAAUUUCUAUAACGAUCCAGCUCCAACAAAUUCUUCGAGAUAAGGCUCAGUCGCCAGCAAACGUUAAUAGAUUGUACCAGCGGAGCGAAAGUCAACUACUCCUUAGUUUAUCGUCCUGUCUUCGAAUUGUAAUUCGCGUAGAAAAGAAUUCCAGCAACUACACUGCGCAACGAUCGUCGUCAAUUUCAUCACUGCUGUCGAAGCUGAGUGUCCAGCAGCUAACCACCGUCUUGAAUGAUAUAUUUAAAUCAAGCUCCAGACAUUUGAAAAAACUUUCGUCAACCGCCACAAUUAUUCGUCAAAUUUGCGAUCUCCUGAUUUCGCGAUUGAAUGCAAAAACGUCUUUUAUGCUUAGCAAAAGCACUAUUCUUCAGACGGUAAAGGCCUUAAUUGAGGUGAACGACGAGUCACUUACACAAACUUUGUUCAAGCAAUUUUGCGAAAAGGAUGGAAUAGGAAUAUGGAGCAAACAAAACAAAUCUGGCUUAUUCCGCGAUAUUCUUUCUUCCCCUGACGUGUGGGGGAAAUUGGAUUCCACAUCAAGGCAGCUAAUCAUGAAAUCCUGUGCUUCGCUUAUACAUUCUCGGAUUGCGGAAAUUAUCAAAUCUCUGAAUUCCCUUACUGGAUCUACUACCACCCAAAACCAAUCUUUACGGAAACUAGUGAUCGAAGGCAUAGUCGAAUGUGUUCAACUUUUCUUUUGGGGAGAGAAGAACAGAUUUGAUUUAGAACAAAAGAUCACCGCCGAAGCCUUUCAACCACUUAUCAUGAAACUAAAUUCUUCUGUACUUUUGGAACUUGUAUUGCAGCUCUACAAAUCGGAGUCUGAUGCCCGUCCCAACAUCAAGAAAUUUCCCAUCUGCAUGGAUUGGUAUCGCACCAUAUGCAGAAUCUUGUUCACUGUGGAGUUUGUGUCGCUUGUCAACUUUGAAGUAGCAACCCGCAUCGUUAAUUGCCUCUUGUGGCUUGAAGAUGAAGAAUCUUGGAAACAGUUCACACAGAGUGUUUGCAAAAAUUUUCUUUCAUGGCGAGGCAAUCUUUUUGUGCAAAUCUUGUUGAAGGAUCUUUCUAUCCAGCGAGCACUUAAAGAUUUCGCUCCUGCUUUUGCUGCUUUCGUGCACAUCGUAGACCACUGGGCUCAGCGCACCGAAAAGCUGAAAGAACCGGCAUUUAGCUGGCAGCAGUCCAAAGCCGUUGUACCGAAUUAUCCUGAAGUCCAAGCCUUUCUUCGUUCACCUCAAGAGUCUAUGGCCUACAUGAAAUUUGGUGGAAUUGCCGAGGCUCGUCGUUUGGCCAACAGUCUUAAUGCCCUGGGACAGUCUAACAAUUUCAGUGUUUCAGUUACUACGUCUGGAAGUGGAAAAAAUUCUCGGUGUGACAUUGUGAAAAAUCGAAAUCACUUUGAACGCAGAGCACGAGAUUUUUUUAGCAGGAAAGCUGAAUUGAUUGAAUUGGUAAAACUUCGUAACCGCCUCGGACAAGAAAUUGCUCAAGCGGAACAAUUGGCUGCUGCGAUUUCUUCAACACCAAUUAUAACUGACGAGGUCUGUGUCGUCCCUCCACCUAAGCGUCCCAAGCUCGACAUACCUGUAAUUGAACUCGAAUGAAGACAUGUUUUGUGUUGUUUUAUUUUUUUUUAACUAAGAAUUCUUGUUUGAUUUCAUCAGCCAUUCAGUUUUAACUCAGAAUGUAUUUUUGUUUGAAUAAAAACUUCACUCGUUGUCUUUUCUAAA